UCGGACAAGCCACGCCCCUUGAUAGCAAACAAGAUAAAGCCUUAUACUUCCACGAUACGGAGGUCCUCCCGAACCACCAUGUCGACCAAGUUGGACCUUCAAUUGGCUUAUUCAACCCAAGAUAGACAGUCGCGGUCGCGACGGCGCCUUGCAUUUGGAGCCGUCGUCGUUGUCGCUGCAGUUCUGCUCUUCAUCUUCUCUCCCGCCACCGAAACGUCUUUCCAUCCACUCACUGCGGGGCUUCACGCAACUCUCCCUGGCGCCUGCGCCGACACCGCGCCGCUACCUGGUCAUGCACCUCAUCGGAAUGUCUGGAAGAAUUUUAACAUUCACGAGGUCGUCGCCAUCAGAGAAUGGCUCGCUGAGUAUAGAGACGAGGAGGGCAACAGAUUCAACUUUGUCAGCGGGCCCGCUGCUACCGACCUGGACAACUCUCUCAUUCUCAUUGAGAACUUCCCCCCCAACAAGGCAGACGUCCUGUCGUAUUUCGACAACAACGGGACUGUACCACAACGGUUCGCGAAGAUUGUAAUGACUCUUGGUGCUGUAUCUCCGCCUUCCAUCAAGCAGUACCUUCUCGGGCCACUCCCAGACACCAUCUCAUCACUUACUCUCAGCGCCGCCGGAAUAUCAUUAAGACCUCUGACACAUAUCUACACUCGGCCAGAAGUUCCGUUCACCGCACGUCUUGGGGCCCAGAAUGCCUCGUUGACUGAGAAAUUCGCUCUUGACUUUAUGGCUCCUCUUCGUAAUGCGACUAUCGACCUUCUUGGAGGCGUUAUUGGUGGUUAUCGCUUUGACUUUACGAAUGUUAGCCAAGAGAGUCUUGUGUUCGCCGGAACAACGCCUUUCUCAUACGAUGGCUCUUUUCGUCGUAUGUGGUUGCAGGUGAAGAAGAAUGUCCCUGGGUCAUAUCUUUUUUCCCUCGACAUGUACUUUUAUGUCGACUUUACUUCACAAGACCCUAAAGACUGGUACCUCAUCUCGAUGGUCUACAAUCGUCAAGUCUUUUCGAGUGUCGCGGAGUUCCUAGAGGCGUACAACAAUGGCACACUCAAACGUUCAAAGCGACCCGAAAUUCCCACCGCUGAAGAAGAAGGCUGGGCCGCCCGUGGUAGAAGAGGUACUCCCAGAGAUCUCGACGAGCGGGCAGGUCCUCGUCAAGUCUCAUUCAAUGGCCCACGAUUUCGCGUCGAUGAAGCAAACCACUGGGUUAGUUGGAUGGGUUGGGCGUUUUAUCUUAGCUUUGCCCGUGACAUGGGGCUCAGUCUCUGGGAUGUGCGGUUCCGCGGAGAGAGAAUUUUGUAUGAGAUUUCCCCCCAAGAAGCCUUGGCGGUAUAUUCUGGAAGCGACCCCCAUCAAGGCAGUACCGUUUUUCUCGAUGGUGGUUUUGGUAUGGGAACCUCAACACGUUCAAUCAUCGCUGGAUAUGAUUGCCCGCACGAAGGACAUCUUCUCCCCGGCAUCACACAUACCGAGUCGGGAACUCUCCUUCGACGAGAUGCCAUCUGCGUCUUUGAACGAGACUCGGGCAAACCACUGAGUAGGCAUACUGGGUAUCUGAAGCAAGAGAUGGGUGCAAUCAAAGGAUACGAGCUCGUUGUUCGCACUAUUAGCACCGUCGGAAACUACGACUACCUCUUCGACUACACUUUCCAACUGGAUGGAACAAUCGAGGUCCGGAUCUCUGCUAGUGGUUAUCUGCAAGGGGCUUGGUGGGACGACGCAGAGCACCCAUAUGGGACCAAGAUCCGAGACACAUAUAUGGGAUCCUUGCACGAUCACGUCAUAAACUAUAAACUAGACUUUGACAUUGCCGGGACCCGUAACUCACUGAUGAAGAUUUCGCUGGAAAAUGAGGUUGUUCAACAACCGUGGUUCAAUGAUGACUGGGGUCAGGAUGUCAGCCAACAGAGACUCGUCCGAAAGAUUGUUAAAACCGAAGACGAAGCAUUACUAGACUACCCCAAGAACCUCGAGGGCCUAUACGUUAUCUUAAACCAGGAAGAAUCCAACAAGUGGGGAAAUCCGCGUGGCUACGCAAUCCACCCUGGAAUGUCUCCAAUCCAUCUCACAAACCUGAACAGCAAACGCACAGAGAAGAACAUGAACUUUGCUAAACACCACGUUGGCGUCUCGAAGAGGAAGGAGACUGAGCUGUAUUCUUCGUCAAUGUGGAACCUCAAUCUCCCCGGCGAUCCCCCUGUGAACUAUUACUCGUUCUUCGAUGGUGAAUCAAUAGAGCAAGAGGACAUCACGGCUUGGGUCAAUCUUGGCAUGCACCACAUCCCUCGCGCGGAGGACUCGCCUAUGACGCUUACCAAUGUCGCUACAUCAUCUGUGCUUCUUACGCCGUUCAACUUCAACGACUUCGACCCGGCUAUGGAGAGUAUGAAUGCUAUCGUCGUUGGCGUCCCCGAGCCGGGUUUCGACUGGACCGCGGACGAGAACGGUGUGGAGAGCGCGUAUUGUAUCCCACCACCGGUGAAGAAGUUUGAGUACCCUGGCCUUUUCACGUUUGAAGACGACGGGACGCCGGGGACAGCGGCAAGAGUGCAUCAGAUGCGUCAACAGGCGGAGGGCUACCAUGCCAUUUUCGCAGCCUCAGACUUGUAA